GAUUUGCUUGUGUCCCAGGCGGGAUUUGCUUGCGCCGGCGAAUCCCUAAAAGACGGCGAAUGCCCUCACGACAGCUUCUCCACACAAUUGACGGUCAAGUCUAGGGCGCUGCAAGUACGUUUGGCAACUGGGCAUUCAAGUUAUGGCGUCGAUCUCAUCGAGUGAAGACCGGUCUCAGAGCUCGAGUACGCCACAGCCUCAACCCCAGAAACGGCGCAAGUUCAGCAAACCCCCUGUAAAAUUGGCAUGUCUUUCUUGUCGGUCAUUACGCACUCGUUGCGAUGGCCAAGAGCGAUGUGCGAAUUGCAUUGCCAGGGACAUAACAUGCUGUUAUAUCCCAAGUAGGCGCGGAGGCCCCCGUGUCUAUAAGAAGAAGACAAGACAUGAACCUGCACAGCAACAGGACCAGUUGCAAGAUGUAAAGCCUGCUGAGAGGAAUAGCAGUGAGACAUCGACUGACCUCAGUUUCACCGACGAUGCAUGGUUCAACCAGCUUGUUGGUCUCACUGACCCGGGCGCUGGACUUCCCAAUGUUGAGAUGCCGAUCUCAGAGAUAGAGAAUAUCUUUGACACGAUAUUCGCUCCUCCAAGGGAGAAGGACAUCUCCUCAUCCGCAUCCAGUUCUCUUCCAGCAGACGUUGUCCAAGUAUACGGCAGCGAUGAAGACAUAUUGGAUGCCUACUACGUGUUUAUUCACCCUUAUUAUCCUCUACUCCCUCCUCCGGAGCGCCUACCAGUCAUUAAUCGGCCACUCGCUUCAGACAGAAAUUCCUUAUUUAAACCGUCGACGCCUUUGAGUCUAGCUAUUUCGGCUCUCUUGGUCCUCAUCCCACAUCCAUUCGAGAACGACCCUUCGAGGCUCGACUACGUAAGACUAAGAAGGGACUAUGCUCAGUCAUUUGCUCAGUCGGCCCUUGAGGCGAUUGAAAUGGAUUCCGAGCUUCUACAUUCUAGCAUUAACCCCUCCGAUGCCCUUUCUGAAGGAACUCAUCAGUUCAACCGAGAACAUUUCCACCCAAAGGUCCCUGUCUACCUGGAAAGCAUCCUAGCACUUAACUUGCUCAGCGUGUAUGAAUACGUGCAAAGAGGAAAUAUGACCAAAAUGAAGAACCGUGCCGGACAGGCACUAACGACGGCAAUGUGCAUGUCACUGCACGAGGCUACUGAGAAUGAUCAGUUCGCGGAAGCAAGAAGACGAGCCUGGUGGAUGACAUAUGUCACCGCGUGUCAAGGCUCUAUAGUCAGUAACACGCCCGCUUGUUUUGAUCCAUAUGACGAGCGAUUCGUCACGCCAUUUCCUACUUUCGUCUCAGACCCCCAGGGGUGGUCAUAUUUAAUAAAAUCCCAACAGACGAUCCUUGCUGCCACGAAAUUCGUUCAUGAUCUCGACAAAUCUUUGAACGCUUGGUCGGACCUAUCAUGGAUCCCUCAGCGGAUGCUAGAGUUAGACGAUCAGAUUGAAGCGCUUCUCAAUGAGGAAGAGAGGACUUCCUUAGCUCAGGUCUCAGCCACAGCGCCGGUAGAUUCAUCUGAAGCCGUAGUCGCCAAGGCUACCCGAUUAAUAGCGGAAAUAAAACUACACAGUGCGAGAAUUAAGACCCACCGAUUCUGCGCAUUUUCGGACGUCCCCAUAUUCCUCAAACGGCACUGUGACCUUGGAGUUGCAAACGAAUCCAGGGUUAAGGACAGAUGCAGUUGUCGAGGAGAUAUGAGCUCUUUGCCCAUGAUGAAUUCAUCUCCAAUGCUAUCGCCACGCGAUUAUGCAUCUUUAUCAGCCGAGGACCUUGGUCUGCGGUUUUCUUUCUCAGCCCAUGCGUCUUCGAAGAUAUGCCUGCACUCGGCUCUCAGCAUUGUCACGCUUGUUGACAAUCUACCUUAUCCUAAUCCGAACAACUCAAUAUCAUUCAUCACCCCGCCAUGUUUGUCAGAACUAUCAACUAUCGAAGCACCCCGCACGAUGCCGACGUUCGCCUGCUGUGUAAUGCAGAGUAGCUAUGCGUUGCUCAUGCUGUGUUUCAAGACGCGUACCCUGCGUGAGAACGGUACAUCCUUUUCUCCUAAUGGAGACGGCGACAACGAGAGCCUACUUCUGGCAGGGUUCAUAAAUGAUCUUUACAAAGGCCUGCAGCUCGCUAUAAAGGGGCUGUCGAAUUAUUCGAUCGCCUUUGAGGCCAUGCAGGGAAUGAGAGACGAAAUCUCGCAAGUUGUAGCACGCUCCUUCCCAUGAGAGAUUUAUGAUAUACAGUUCUGCAACGAUAUUCAGGUCCCCACAUCUCAAAAUGGCGUUAUUCUCGCGAUGAUGAUUCCCAUUUCCAUUGUUGGGUUGUACUAUUUUAUUAUGAUUCAUGUUCGAACUCUCAACUCCAGCUGUUUCACAUACAUCAGCUCUGUCUGAUAUCACACGAUGAUUCAAAAGCACUACUUUGAUUUUGGUGCUUUUUGCAUACUAUAAUGUACAAUACGUUUUAAAGUUCAUCUCUCCCUUCCAACGAAGGGAUACGACAGGGAGAC